AUGCACAGGCUCUGCCUGCUCUUGGCGGCUCUUGCUGCCGUGGCACCUGCACAAGAAACGACGGGACCUCCCAAUACUCCAACUAGGAACACCUCGGUGACACCGGGUCCCAGAGCGCUCCGGCUGGCGGGCGGCCGGAGCCGCUGCGAGGGCCGGGUGGAGCUGGAGCAGGAGGGGACAUGGGGGACGGUGUGUGACGACGGCUGGGACAUUCCCGACGCCGACGUCGUGUGCCGCCAACUCCAGUGCGGCCACGCCGUGAGAGCCCACGGCAACGCCGCCUUCGGCCGCGGACACGGCCCCAUCUUCCGGGAUGAGGUGGGAUGCGAGGGACACGAGCGGGACCUCUGGGAAUGUCCGGCCGCGCUGGAGCACGACUGCAGCCACAAGGAGGACGCCGGCGUGGUUUGCUCAGAACACCAGGAGUGGCGGCUCUCCGGAGGCCGGGACGGAUGUGCCGGCAGGGUGGAGGUGUUUUUCCGUGGCAUUUGGAGCACGGUGUGUAACAGCACCUGGUACGAUAUGGAGGCCACGGUGCUGUGCCGGACGCUGGGAUGCGGGGAUAUGCUCCAGCGGCCUGCCUUCAGACACACGCUUCCCGGGAAGAUGACGUACCUGUGCGGGAGCCUGCAGCCCUCGCUGGCACAGUGCCUCUGGAUCUUCAAUAAAUCCGCUCCCUGCUACCAAUCCUGGGCUGCCGGGGUCAUCUGCAACGGCUCCCAGGGUUUGGAGACACCAACGCCCGCGGCUGAGGUGACGCCCAGGAAUGUCACUGUCCUGCACGCCGAGGAGGGGACCCCAACCUUGGGGACACCACCAGUGGACAGUCCCCUCUUUGUCCUGUGCCUGGUGCUGGCUGCGCUGCUCCUGCUCUCCGUGCUGGCCUUUUCCACUGCCCUGCUGAGGCUGAGGAAGAGAGGCGCCAUGUCCUCCUUGGGAAUACCCACGCCAGUCCUGGUGACCCACAGCUCCCAGAGCCCCAACGACUACAGGGAGACUCCCACCAGCCUUCCCAAAGGAUCAGACCGUCUGGUCACAGCCAUUUCCAAGGAUUCUGAUUCCGACUCAGAAUAUUAUGAGUUCAGCAGCAAGCCUCCCGUCGCCCUGUCCACCUUCUACAACUCCCUGCGCCGGCAUCCCAGGGAGGAUCUUCUCCCUCUGAGGCCCAGCCAGGACAGGAUGGAGCCACUCCCUGAGGAUGGUAUGACACAAGAGGGGUCUAUCCCAUGGAUGGAAGGCUCCUCCAGCUCAUCCUCAUCCUCAUCCACGGAGCCCUAUUGGAAUGGCAGCAUUCCCCCCCCUGCCCAUGGCACCCCGUGGCACCCGGCAGCCACCAGCCAUGGCUACGGCACAGUUCCCCCGGCAGUGCCCGCCCCAGUGCCCUCCCAGCCCUGGGUACCUGCAGCUCCAGCAGAUCCCGAUCCCGACGGCAGCUCCAGCACCUCCUCGGGGGAGUGGUACGAGAACGUGCAGGAGACGGAGCCCCCCGGAGAUCCCUCCUCACAUCCAGGCUGGUCAGAUCCACCCUGUCCCUCGGGGGAACACGGGGAGAAUCCCGACUUUUCCGAGGGCAGCGACUACGAUGACAUCCAGGACUCUGCCUACUGA